AGUUGAUCGGUUUCCGUUAAACACCUUAGUUCAUGAAAUGGCAGUGUGGUGCAUUCUUACGCUAGGUGAAAUCUUUUCGAGCAUUAAGUUUCAAAACACAAAAAAGAAAUACUUUAAAUUAUCGAAGAUUCCAAUGUGCCAGAUAAUUAAAGAGAUUGUGUGCAAUGUCCUCUAAUUUCUCUUCUGAGUGAUAAUGGCACCAAGACGAGUUGAAGAAAUACCUGUUAAAAGAGUAGCAGCAUUAGGUUGCAAAUUACCUGAUCAAUUACCAGCUGGAGAAAUAUUAAUAGAUAUUACACAGAAGAAAUGGAGAUUAGGACACACAAUAGGAUAUGGAGGAUUUGGUGAUAUAUAUUUAGCAUCAAAUAACAUUAAUGUUCCUGUUGAACAAGAUGCAAAAUAUGUAAUAAAAAUUGAACCACAUAAUAAUGGUCCAUUAUUUGUUGAAAUGAAUUUUUAUAUAAGAGCAGCUCGUAAGCAUAUGAUUGAUAGCUGGUGUAAAUCUCAAGGAAAAAGACGAAUAGGUAUUCCAACAUAUGAAGGAUCAGGUUCUCAUAUGUAUCAAGGGCAAAAAUAUAGAUUUUUAGUGAUUCCAAGAUAUGGCAUUGAUAUUGGAAAAUUAUUUGUAUCAAAUGGAAGAAAAUUACCAACUAAACUUGUUAACAGGCUAGCUGUUCAAAUGUUGGAUGCACUUGAAUAUAUUCACAGUCAAGGAUAUGCUCAUGCAGAUGUUAAGGGAUCAAAUAUUUUGCUAAGUGAAGAAGCUGGUACUACAAGAAAAUCUCAAGUUUAUUUAGUUGAUUAUGGUUUGGCUUAUCGUUUUCGUACAAAUGCAGGUAUACAUAAGCCAUUUGUUCAUGAUGAAAGAAGAGCCCAUGAAGGAACAUUAGAAUUCACAUCAAGAGAUGCACAUCAUGGAACACAUUCAAGAAGAGGAGAUUUAGAAACAUUAGGUUAUAAUAUAUUACAAUGGUUAUGUGGUAAAUUACCUUGGGAAAGAGAAAAUGAUAAUGUAACAUCAAUAAUAGAUCCAGAAGAAGUUCAUACACAGAAAGAAAUUUUACUUUCAAAUUUACCAUUAUUUAUGCAUAAAUGUUUUCCUUAUAAAAAGGAACCUCCUGCUGCCAUUAUGGAAUAUAUGAAAUAUAUUACCGAAUUGGGAUUUGAAACUAAACCUAAUUAUUCCUAUCUACGUAGUUUAUUUCAGUCUGGUUCUAGGCAAAAAACUGAUGUUCCUACAUGUUUACAUAAUAUAAGAGAAUCUAACGAAAAUAUUUCUUAUCCCAUAUCUUUCAAACGACCAUAUUUACGAGAAAGAAAACCUUGCAGACCUGUUAAUGGCGAGAUACGCGUGACGCGAAAUACACAACCGAAAUAUCCAGUUGAACAAAAAGAAUUUUGUUGGGAAGCUGUAUUGGCACUUCAUCCUGAUAAACUUGCAAAAAUUAGUAUUCAAACUCCACCUUCACCACUUACACCACCUCCAUCUCCACCUCCUCCAUCCUUGCCUACAUAUGCCAUGUUAAGAGUAAUUGAAAGAAUGAAAGAAAAACAAUCAGGUGCAUUUCGACACAAAUCAUUACCAAAAUCUCUAGAUGAACUCAAAACAAAAUGGAUGACACCAGCCAUGGAACAAGUAGUUGAAUUAAAAAAGAAAACUACUUUAACAACGCUUUCUUUACGUAAAUCUUCGCCAUGUAUGACACGAUCCCGUGGAGCUCAAUUAAAACGACUUGGAAAUGAAAAAUCUUAUAAACGAAUACAAAGCAAGAAAAGAAGAAAAUGUACAUCAACAGAAGUAUGAUAAAUUUCCUUAAAUAUCACAUGUCUUCAUUCCUUGGACAAUGGAAUCAUUAACAAAUUAUCUAAAUAAUGGAUAUAUAAUUAAGUAUUAUUUCAUAUUAGUUUAUUUAGAUUUUGUAAGAAUAUACUCUUCAUUAAACUCCUGUUUAAAGGACAAAAUUUCAUUUAUUAGGAAUGCCUCGGAUGUAUUUAGUACUACAUCAACUUUUGUAAGACUGCUUCAUUAUCAUGAUUUGUUCUUUAAUAAGCUUUUAAUAUAAGAUUUUUUUAACAACUAUAUAGCGAACAAAGAUUUAUAAAUAAUUCAGCUCAUAAUUAGAUGAAUUAUAUUAUUUUCUUUUAAAAUGUAAUUUCAAUAUAACUGAAAGAUUUAUUAAAUAGAUACAGUAAUGAAACAUCACUAUUUCUAAGUAGUAAAAAUAUUACAUAUUUUGUACAUAUAGACAGAAUAUGUAAUGUUUAAUUUCAUGGUAGACUAAUGAUCUGAAUAUUAAUUUAAAGUUGUUUUAAUUCAUUUGUUUAUUUUAUAAAAUAGCUCAAAAAAGCACAAUAUGCUCUUCAUAAAUAAUGUUAAAACUUCAUUAAAUUUCUUUAUUAAAAUAAUUUGUAAUUUUUAAAAUAUUUAAAUUAUAUUCAUUUUUUUAUAUUAUUAUAUUAUAUUAUAAUUAUUAUAAUUAUAUUAUAUAAUAUAAUAUAAUUAUAUAUAAUAUAUAUUAUAAUUAUAAAUUAUUUUACAAAUCUCAUUAAUAUUUCUUAAAAUUAUAAAUAAAAUAUUUUGUUCCUUUAUUAUAAUACAAUAUUUUAAUUUUAUGAAUAUAGUCAUUUCUAAAUCUCAUAAAAAAAUAUAGACUUUGAUGUAUUAAUCAAAAUUAAAUAAUUUUCUUAAAAUAUCAAGAUAUAUAUUCAAACAUAGAAUUUCUAAAUAUUGUCUAUAAUAUAAAUAAAAUUGUAGUAUACUUCAAUUAUUGCAAAAAAUUGUGAAAUAUAAGUAAAAAUAAGUGUGAACUGUUAUUACUUCAACAGACCAGUAUUGAGCCUUUAAAUGCUUAUAUAUGAUUAAAAUAUAACAAUUUAUGUUUGUUACUCUAUAAUCUAAUGACAAAAAAUGUGUGCAGCAUAAAAAAGCAAUUAAUAUUUUAAUUUAGUUUUAGAUUUUAUAUAUGACAUGUAGCUAAAAAAUACAAUUUUAUGUUUUUAACAUUUUGCAAUACAUCAACAUAUAAUAUUAUCUUGUGUCGUUUUAAUCUAAUUUGUAUUGAUUCAGAUUUAAUAUUUACAUAAAACUUGUAUAUAUUUAUUGUAAGAGACAUGUAUAGAUGGAAGCGAGAAUUUAUUUACAGUAAAUUUGUGAUAAUUAAUUUGUAUUUUUUUAAGUUACAUGUACCUGUGCCAGAAAAGCAGUGUUGUUAAAGACUUAAAAAUGUAUUGUAAUGAAAAAUAUACACAUGCAUUUGUAAUCUUUUCUGUUAAUAUUUUAUCAUACAUUCUGGUUUAUCAUAUGUCAUUAAUCUAAGAUAUGAGCUUUUUAUGUUCAUUAAUAUUUUUUUAAUUUAAUUAUAGAAUAUGUAAUUAAAUAUUUAUUAUAUUAAGCAAACAAUACAUAAAUAUUUAUUAACAGCACUGCACAAGAUUUUUAAAGUAUUGUCAACAAAAUUAUUAGAAAAAAAAUAUAAUAAAAUUUAUUUGCUAGGUUGUAUCACAUUAUAAUCAAAUGACUAUUAAUAAUGUAAGUGAAUAAUGAAUAAAUGAUAAAAAUAAAAUAUAUAAAUCAGGUAUAGAAUUUAAUUGUAUGAAUAUGUUAUCGUACACAUUUUAUAUGUUAUUGUAUAUUUGAAGAAAUAUAAAACAUAAUAUACACAUAUAAUAAAUAA